AAGGAAAGGAAAGGAAAGGAAAGGAAAGGAAAGGAAAGGAAAGGAAAGGAGGAGGAAAAGAGAGAGGGAGAAAAUCCUCCGUCGCCCCCUCCCCCUCUCUAAAAAAAAAAAAAUUAGCAAGAGCGGGGAGCGAGAGGAGGGGGGCUCGCGGCGGCGAAAAAUAAAUAAAAUAAAGAAAACGGCAGGAGCGGCUCCAGCCGGCAGCAGCGGCGGCGGCAGCAGGGCAGCGGCGGGGCGGCGGCAGCCGAGGCGGAGGCAGGCGGCAGCAAGGGUCCCUUAGCUCUCCGCUCGCCCCCGGCGCCCGGGCGGCCGCCACCCCCCCGCUCCCCGCCUCACUCCCCGGCAGCCCGCAGCGAGACGCGCCGCUCCCCCAGCACUUUUUUGGGCCCGAGAUAUGGCAAUGGUAGUUAGCAGCUGGCGAGAUCCGCAGGAAGACGUGGCCGGGGGCAAUCCGAGCGGCCCCAACCCCGCCGCGACGCAGCCGGCCCGGGAGCAGCAGCCCCAGCAGCAGGGGAGCUCGGCCGCCCCACACACCCCGCAGACCCCCAGCCAGCCGGGACCCCCCUCCACGCCGGGCACGGCCGGAGACAAGGGAGCGGGUCAGCAGGGCUCGGGGCAGAGCCAGCAGCACAUCGAAUGUGUGGUGUGCGGGGACAAGUCCAGCGGCAAGCACUACGGCCAGUUCACCUGCGAGGGCUGCAAAAGUUUCUUCAAGAGGAGCGUCCGCAGGAACUUAACUUACACAUGCCGCGCCAACAGGAACUGUCCCAUCGACCAGCACCACCGCAACCAGUGCCAGUACUGCCGCCUCAAGAAGUGCCUCAAAGUGGGCAUGAGGCGGGAAGCGGUUCAGCGAGGAAGAAUGCCGCCCACCCAACCCAACCCCGGCCAGUACGCCCUGACCAACGGCGACCCUCUGAACGGGCACUGCUAUCUCUCGGGAUACAUCUCCCUCCUGCUGCGGGCCGAGCCCUACCCCACCUCCCGCUACGGCAGCCAGUGCAUGCAGCCCAACAACAUCAUGGGCAUCGAGAACAUCUGUGAGCUGGCCGCCCGUCUGCUCUUCAGCGCCGUCGAGUGGGCCCGCAAUAUUCCCUUCUUCCCCGACCUGCAGAUCACCGACCAGGUGGCCUUGCUGCGGCUCACCUGGAGCGAGCUCUUCGUCCUCAAUGCUGCCCAGUGCUCCAUGCCCCUCCAUGUGGCCCCACUCCUGGCCGCCGCCGGCCUCCACGCCUCCCCCAUGUCGGCCGACCGCGUUGUAGCCUUCAUGGACCACAUCCGCAUCUUCCAGGAACAGGUGGAGAAGCUGAAGGCGCUGCACGUCGAUUCGGCUGAGUACAGCUGCCUGAAAGCCAUCGUCCUCUUCACCUCAGACGCCUGCGGCCUGUCGGAUGCUGCGCACAUCGAGAGCCUCCAGGAGAAGUCGCAGUGCGCGCUAGAGGAGUACGUGCGGAGCCAGUACCCCAACCAGCCCAGCCGCUUCGGGAAGCUGCUGCUGCGGCUGCCCUCCCUGCGCACCGUCUCCUCUUCCGUCAUCGAGCAGCUCUUCUUCGUCCGCUUGGUAGGUAAAACCCCCAUCGAAACCCUCAUCAGGGAUAUGCUACUGUCGGGGAGCAGCUUCAACUGGCCUUACAUGUCCAUCCAGUGCUCCUAGAGCCCAUCCCGCACCCCCGGCAGAGAGGCGGCGGAGCGGCGGAGAAGGGAACGCUCGCACAGAGGGGCAGUCGGGGUGCGGGGGGGGCCCGGGAGGUGGACACUGAACAAAAGAAAGGGCGAGUGGGAGCAGAGAUGUGGCCGUGGAGGGGAGAAGGACGGACCUGUCGUCCGUGGAGGUUGUGGUGUUUCGCCUUUUUUUUUUUUUUUGGCCUAUUUUGGUUUUUUUUUUUCUUUCGGAGAGGAGGAAAAAAGAAAUAAAUAAUAUUAAUAAAAGAGACAAAAAAAAAAAAAAAAAGAGUAUUGAGGGGAUAUUAAUCACACCUGAAGGGGAUACUGGAUCUUCCAGGAUUUAUUGUGGACUGUUGUUGAUAUAUGCUGUACAGUAAACCAACAAAACAAAAAAGCAUUGAAACUGAACUGAACCUUGUGUAGAACGAAAAAAAAACAACCCAAAACCAAGCAAACAACAACAAAAUUUCCAUGCGCAAACACUUACCAUGAACAUUGUUACUCAUUUUGUAAUAUAUUAGUCUUUAUUUUCAUUUUUGGUAAAAGUUAAAACAUCAUAUGCGCAUAAAGGAAAAAAAGGAGAAUUAGGGGAAAAUAACAUUUUCCAAAUAAUUAUAAAAGAAUUGUCCUGUGUCUAUGUAUCUAUAUCUGUUUUGUAUUUUUUUCUGGUUCCAAACCAGGUUUCCUGUGAUUCUAUACUAAUAAUUUUUGAUAUAACCCUUUGCUUCUUAUAAUGAGUGCGAUAUAUGUUGUCAAAGCUGUUCUUCAAGAAUUAAAAUUGAAGUGAGAAUUUAAAAAAAAAUAAAAGAAUUUAGCAAAAAACCCCCAACUUAUCACCCCACAA